UUUUUUCUGUAUGUUUUUACUUCAUCGGGCGACUUUCAAAUACCAAAAAUUCAAAACCCCUUUCUACACGUUUUGCUCAUCAAAAUCCCCCCUUCAUGCCUUGCUUCCAGAGCUUCACUUCGUUUUUACUUCAAUUUUAUUAGAGAUUUCAACAAUAAGCUCGAUAAUCUCAACUGGAUGCUGCAAGUGUUUCAAGACCAACAAAACUCGACCUUUGAAGUUUGAUCAUGUGCUAAAUUGCUACGAUUAAUUCAACAAAAAUAUUAUUGGGAUUUCAAUGGCGCCAGGUGGCGGUGUGUGUAAAGAUGUUAUUGAGUCUCACCCUAAAUUUUUGAAGUAUGAUGUGGCAACAACAAAAACCGAUAAAAGUGUUACAAGAAUAGCAGCUGGAAAACAUGGAAUGCAAUCGCCAAAUGGUGUUCAUGAGCUUCUAGAAUGUCCUGUUUGCACAACGUUAAUGUAUCCUCCAAUUCACCAGUGUCCAAAUGGCCACACUUUAUGUUCAAAUUGCAAGCUUCGAGUGCACAAUUGUUGUCCAACAUGCCGUCUCGAAAUGGGAAACAUAAGGUGUUUAGCGUUGGAAAAAGUAGCCGAAUCGUUAGAACUUCCGUGUAGACAUCAAGAUCUUGGAUGCCAUGAUAUCUUUCCUUAUUACAGCAAGCUUAAACACGAGCAAAAUUGCCGAUUUCGCCCCUAUAACUGUCCUUAUGCAGGGUCUGAGUGUUCAAUCACUGGAGAUAUCCCGUUUCUUAUGACCCAUUUGAAGGAUGAUCAUAACGUUGAUAUGCAUGAUGGAUGCACUUUCAACCAUCGAUAUGUUAAAUCUAAUCCGCAUGAAGUCGAAAACGCCACAUGGAUGCUAACGGUAUUCAACUGCUACGGAAGACAAUUCUGUUUGCAUUUCGAGGCGUUUCAGCUUGGAAUGGCACCUUUUUACAUAUCAUUCCUGCGGUUCAUGGGUGAGGAUACGGAAGCCAAAAAGUUUAGCUAUUCAUUAGAAGUGGGAGGGUACGGUCGUAAAUUCACAUGGCAAGGGGUCCCGCGAAGCAUUCGCGACAGUCACAGAAAAGUUCGUGAUAGUCAAGAUGGACUAGUGAUUCCGAGAAACUUAGCUUUGUUUUUCUCAGGUGGAGAUAGGCAAGAACUCAAGUUAAGGGUUAGCGGACGUAUAUGGAAAGAACAGUGAGUCAAACCGAGAAAGACGAGUUGGAUUUGUAUAGUUGAGGAUGUCGAGUGUGGAAACCGGAAGGGGAAUUGUUAUUGUUGAUUCAUAUCAUAUGGUGUCUUGAAAUGUGAUUUAUUAUUGUGUUUGGAAACAUGGAAUUUGUGAUCUUGUACUGUAGUGUUAUGGUGUUGUGAUAAUUAAUUUAUCUGGUUUGAUUGAUAUUGAAUAUGCAAAUGCAUUGCUGUCC